UUCAUGUUUAGUUAGUUCUCUCCUCAAGACGACAAGCAAACAACUUUUAACAUACUUGUUUUCUGAAUGUAGCUCGGAUCGAUUGGUGCUAUGCAAAGCUAACAUUGUAGCAGCUCCAUCGACACUCAGAAUGACAUCAUCUCGGCGUAAAUACGUCAGCGUCUCUUUCAUUGUUUGUACCGUAUGGUUUACACACACACAUUUAUACACAGUUUGGUCUCUGUUGAUCUGAGGUGUUGUAGAGUUCUGGUGAACACAGACGGAUACAGUGUUUGUUUCCUGAUUGAACAACGACAGGACGUCACUGAUGACAGGAGAAGCAUCUCAACGCUGAUAGGCUAUCGCGCCGCAGCGGCACGCCAUCUUUUUCGGCGGAGUUGAAAAAUUUCACACGCGUUUGAGGCGUUUUGCCGAUUGAUGCAUCAAUCGCGCCAUCGCAAAUUCGCGUCACUCCAGUCUCAUCGCGUCUGUGCAUAGACUUUGUAUGUAAUCUACUCGUUUGGUGUGAAUGCACCUUAACAAUCCUCCUCUUCCUCUGCAGCGACUCUUCAUUAUGAUCAGCUCUGACUGACUGACAGGUGUCAGCUAUGAUCGGAGGACUCUUCAUCUACAACCACAAGGGGGAGGUGUUGAUCGCCAGGGUGUACCGCGAUGACAUCGGGAGAAACGCCGUGGACGCGUUCCGAGUUAACGUCAUCCACGCCCGGCAGCAGGUCCGCUCUCCGGUCACCAACAUCGCCCGGACCAGCUUCUUCCAUGUCGAGCGCUCCAACAUCUGGCUGGCGGCCGUCACCAAGCAGAACGUCAACGCCACCAUGGUGUUCGAGUUCCUCUACAAGAUGUGCGACGUCAUGUCCGCCUACUUUGGCAAGAUCAGCGAGGAGAACGUCAAGAACAACUUUGUCCUCAUCUACGAGCUGCUCGACGAGAUUCUGGACUUUGGUUACCCUCAAAACUCAGAGACUGGAGCUCUGAAAACCUUCAUCACUCAGCAAGGAAUCAAGAGUCAGCACCACUCCAAAGAGGAGCAGUCUCAGAUCACCAGUCAGGUCACUGGUCAGAUCGGCUGGAGACGAGAAGGAAUCAAAUACAGACACAACGAGCUCUUUCUGGACGUGAUGGAGAGCGUCAACCUGCUCAUGUCCCCUCAAGGUCAGGUGCUCAGCGCUCAUGUCUCCGGCCGCGUGGUGAUGAAGAGUUACCUGAGCGGGAUGCCAGAGUGUAAGUUCGGCAUGAACGACAAGAUUGUGAUCAACAAGCAAGGAAAAGGAGCAAGUUCAGAGGAUGGAGCAAAGAGUGGUAAACAAUCGAUAGCCAUCGAUGACUGCACCUUCCAUCAGUGUGUUCGUCUCAGCAAGUUUGACUCUGAACGCAGCAUCAGCUUCAUCCCUCCAGACGGAGACUAUGAGCUCAUGAGGUAUCGGACCACCAAAGACAUCAUCCUGCCCUUCAGGGUCAUCCCUCUGGUCCGAGAGGUCGGUCGAACCAAACUGGAGGUCAAAGUCGUCAUCAAGUCCAACUUCAAGUCGUCUCUGCUCGCUCAGAAGAUCGAGGUGAGGAUCCCCACCCCCCUCAACACCAGUGGGGUUCAGCUCAUCUGUAUGAAGGGAAAAGCAAAGUACAAAGCUAGUGAGAAUGCCAUCGUGUGGAAGGUGAAGAGGAUGGCCGGUAUGAAGGAGUCUCAGAUCAGUGCAGAGAUCGAGUUGCUUCCAACCAAGGAUAAGAAGAAGUGGGCUCGACCUCCAAUCUCCAUGAACUUUGAGGUGCCCUUCGCCCCCUCCGGUCUGAAGGUGAGGUACCUGAAGGUGUUCGAGCCCAAACUGAACUACAGCGAUCAUGACGUCAUCAAAUGGGUUCGUUACAUCGGACGAAGUGGAAUCUAUGAGACCCGCUGCUGAGGAAGAACACGACAUCAUCAUCAUCAUCGCUGUGUGUGUCUCCCAGUGAAACCAGUCCUCAGUAGUUCAUAUUCUGACUUUAAGUUCACAAACACUGGGUCCUACACUUCCCACAAUGCACCUGGAUAGAGUCUGUGACUAGAGGCUGACCUACAUGAGAUAGGUGGUCUGUCCCUUUAAGAGACUGUCCAAACCAGUCUGAUCACGGAACCGUUUACCCAGCAUGCUUUGCUGUCAGUGUUCAUUGAAUUAAAUAAAUUCAUGUCUGUUUUUAUUUUUAGUGUUUUU